AUGGUCGGACUACAUGUCGAUGACCUACUUGGCUGUGGAAAAGAUGGUGCACCAGAAUAUGAACACCUCAAGAAUCAGCUCAAAGAGGCAUUCAACUUCAAGCACUGGACCGAAGAGAGUGCUGAGAAACCUCUCGAAUUCUGCGGCUGCCACUUGAGUCGGGAUGCAACAGAAUCCAAACUACAUCAAGUUGAAUACCUCAAGAACGUCAAGCCCAUGACUUGCACCGACUACGAUACCAACCGCAACCUCAGCACCAAAGAGCAAAGCUGUCUCCGUGCCCUGUUGGGCACCUUACAGUGGCCAGCAACUCAGACUUCGCCUCACUUGAGCGCUUCAGUCUCUCUGCUAUGUGGCGAGGUCACUUCCGCCACUGGUGACACAGCAGCUCAGGCCAAUAAGGUCCUUCGCUUCGCAAAGUCCAACAGCGAUGCGGCUUUGACCUUCAGAGAUCUUGGUGGAGGCUAUGUGGUGUUCCUUUGCAACCAACAGAUCUUGGAGGAUGGCUCGACCCAGGACUACACGAUCUUGGAUUGGCACCGCCUGGCAUUCGCUGUCCUCACCUCACAAAUGAUUGGGGUGAAAGCUGUGACCAUGGAGGACACCCUGACCUUCAUGCUGAGCCCGGAAGCAAUCAUGAUCCUCUAUACGAUGGCACUUGGCAUGCUUCUUUGGCAGUUCUUUCGCUGCUGCAGCUCUACUUCAUGGCGCUCCUCGAUUAAGAGAACCACGUGGACUAUGACAUCCACGAGCUCUAUGGCAAUAGGCAUGCAAACAGAGAAAGAACCAGAAAUUGAUUUUAAGAUCUUGAUGUCCGAAUACCUCCGGAUUCAGGAUAUCGUCCGAGAUCAAGAAGCUGAACUGUUUGACCUACAGGCUCAAUGCUCUGCCCAAGAGGAAGAGAUCGAGCAGCUGAUCGACACAAAGCGCUGCAUGCAGUGCGAGCUGCGAGAGGUUGAAAAUGAAUUUAGAAAAGCAAGAAACAAUUGGAUCGAUGUGCACAACCGCCUGGCAGCAAUCCAAGAUGAUCUUGCCCGAGAAUGGCUGCCCCGGACGCUCUUUACCACCAAGAGCGGAAAGUCCUUUCACACGACCACUGAGUGCCAAGCCUUGUCUUCAGCAGACCAUUCGCAAAUGAAGCAGUGGAAUUGCUGUGCUUACUGCGGCCAAAAGGUGGAGCGGAUUGACACGGCCGCGAGCGAAUCCAAUGUGGACCUGGCGCAGCUGGUGUCCAAUGCAGCAACUGAAGCCUGCCGAGAGGCCAAUGUCAGUGUUGCUGCCACCGUCGUGAUAUUUUAG